AUGGCUUCUGCUGUUGACCUGGCGCAGGAACGCGUUUCUUUAAGAGACAAGUACAUGCGAACAGCACGAUCCAUUGUCCAAGCUCUUGAGGCGCAGUCCAAGCCUGCCUAUACGCACACCGAACUCACCCAACUUCGAGUUUCCCUUCAAUCUUUCAAUCCGGAGGACCAAACAUUCAUCGAUUCUGAAGCCUGUCUCUUCGAGCCUCUAACCCGGGAGGAGCUUGAAGAGUACACAGUCGACAAAAAGGACCUUGCCGAGGCCGAUCUCCACCACUUCUGCAAAUUUAAGGAGACUUUUAAUGAAUUCGGACCUUACGAGGUAUCGGAAGACUGCCGCAUGUGGGAAAGAGCUUGUCAAAUUCGGGAGUACAUUGAUAUCGUCCAAUCCUACUACGAGAAGAAGGGGGAUAAGAAGGUGUGGGGUGAAGAUACCUUCUCGAUGGAAUACCUCUCGCACUGGCAUAACAUCAAGGCUGAGGAUUCUUUCCAUGAUGGACCACAAGGAAUGUUGUACGGUCUUCGAAUGGGACAUUCGAAGCCUAGCGAUCUUCCGAGAUGGAAUGCUCAGUCCAUCUGCCAAUGGCGAGACGACUUUGAGGAUCCGAAGACGACUCGCGCUCAUAUCAAGCUUGUGACUUGCACUGGGGCGGAGGCUAAAGAAGAUGAACUGCUUCAUGGCGAGCUGGGGCCUAUCGCAAAUGCAAUCCAGUGCCGUCUCGACCAACAAGAGUUCGAGCAGACCUCGCUGUUCCCGGUGCUCGUUAUUUCGCUCUUUGGGCCAAGGCAUGGCCGUCUCCUGCAGGCUAAAUUCGACAAUUCCCGUACCUUGAACAUCCGAUCGUCGCCGAUUUACAAUUUUGUGGAUAACGAUGAGAAGAUGGAGCUUUUCGUCCGUGACUAUAAUUGUAGACCCCGAGAUGGCGAAGAGUUCGAACCUGUUUUUGUCGAUGUGGAUUCUCCAGCUCCUCAUAGUCAGCGUCAUGCCUCGUCCCCAAAUCUAAUAAGGAAAACCUCAAUGGCAAUCAGAAAUGAUGUCAGGUGCUAG